UUUUAAGCAUUUCUUUUUGGUCGCCUGCAUUGAAUUUGCCUGGUCCUACCCUAACCUACCAGUCAUCCCUCCCCUCUCGACACUAUAAAUAGUUACUGUUUCCAACUGCCUGCUGCUUCCUCCCCUCCCCCUUCGUUUUCCCUUCGGGUUUAAUUUGUUUCCUUCCCCUUCACUUUUCCCUGUUGCUAAAAGCUAAAGGCUGGCUUCCCUACUUCCUUUUGUUUGAGAAAGUAAGUAUAAGAUAGAUGCUAUUUACUUCUUUCAGGAAAAGAAAGGGCAGAUCUGUCUGUCUGUCUGUCUGUGUAGAUGUAUCAGAGAUCAUGAGAGGUGAAGGAGAGGAGUCAGAAAGAAGAAAGGCCAAUAAGUUCUGGUAACUAUUGAGACCCAAACUAUUUAUUAUAGAGUACCAAUCCAAAGAGAUAGAUUUAAGGAAAGGAAAAAAAAAAAACAAUGUGGAGCAGAUUUUGGUCCUCCUCUGCCUCUGGGGUUUUGAAGCGCACCCUAUUGGCGGCCAACACUAAAUCCCUUUCAACAUCAGCGCGAUGCGUCACCAGGACCAUUGCUUCCUCUGCCUAUUCCUUUUGUUUUUCUGGUGGAGGAGGAGCUGCUGCUGCAACACCAUUUUGCAGCAAAAUCACAUCCUUUUGUUUCUCUUCCAUGAUCGAUGCUGAUGCUAAUGAUAAUGAUUCUUCACCCUCCUCUAAUAAUAGUAACAAUGAUAGUAAUAAAAAUGUUUUGAUAACAUGUGCGGAGGCGAAGAGGCUGAUGAGACAGGUGAAUGUGGAGGCUCUAAAGAUGAAGCUUGGCAUGGAAACCAAGGAAAUUAUCCCAUACUCAGACCUCCUUGAAGCCUGCCAAAGCAUGGGUGUUGCCAGAACUUAUGAUGAAGCCGUUACUUUUGCUCGUGUCCUUGACGAUGCUGGUGUCGUCUUUCUCUUCGGUGACAAAGUCUAUCUUCAUCCUGAUAAGGUGGUAUAUCUGAUUAGAAGAGCAGUGCCGCUUGCUCUAACUCCUGAGGACGACCCUGCAAGAGAGGAGCUAAAGAUACUUCAGGGGAAGAAAGAAGAAAUUGAUGUGCUGGCACAUAAGCAGGUUCGCCGCAUCCUUUAUAGUGGGUUGUGUUUAGCUUUAUUACAGGUUGGGCUGUUUUUCCGGCUAACAUUUUGGGAAUUUUCAUGGGAUGUAAUGGAACCUAUAGCUUUUUUUGGCACAACCGGUAGCAUAGUCAUAGGUUAUGCAUACUUCCUGAUCACUGCAAGAGAUCCAACUUACCAAGACCUGAUGAAGAGGCUAUUUCUCUCAAGGCAAAGGAAGUUGUUCAAGAAGCUGAAUUUUGAUGUUGAGAGAUUUAAGGAGCUACAACUUAAACUGAAAUCACCUCUGGAUGCCACUGCCUCUAUUAAAAAACGUGCAGGGAUGGAACUGGAACUGGAUGAUGCAAUACACAAGCAAUAACCUCUUGUUUUGUUUUGAAAGAAGCAUAUACAGGUCAUUCUCCUUGAAUAUUUCGAAGUCACUUGCAAGGCUACUUAGUAGAUCAAUCACCAGUUCCUCUUUCGACCUAUUGAAAUGCUCCAAAAUAUGUCAGUAAAACCUGCAACAUAUCCACGUAUCGAAUUGCCAUGUAACGAAAAUAUGAAGAACAACAUAUCUAAAUCCCUUCAUCAAUUAAUGCGGAGAGCUGGAUCUGCUCUUCCCUUCAUCAUAGCUCUCAAGCUAAUCCAGUAUAGAACAACUCUCUGCAGCCUCUGAUGUAGUGGAACUUCCUUCAGGUAUAUCUACCUUUUGAAGUUACCUUGGGGAAAGUAGAUUUGCAUUAUGGAUAGGGCGAACCUGUUGGUCCUGUGCAAUUCUGACAGCAAGAGAGGCCUUUUCUUCUUUAUAAUCUGAGCAGCAAUGAAGAUAAGACUACCUUUUUUUCACUCCUAUAGAUAGGAAGUGGAUUUCAUGCUUUGAGCACGAAAAAAUUAGGAUUCAAA